GAGCCACCUGGGUCAGGCAUUGAGGACGAUGGCGCAGCCCAACCUCUCGCUGGCGCUGGGCCUGGCCCUGCUCGCCUUCUGUCUGCUGGCGCUGCCCCGCGAUGCCCGCGCCCGGCCCGGGGAGCGCAUGGUAGGAGGAGUGACGGACCUGAAGCCCAACGACCCACAGGUGCAGAAGGCGGCCCAGGCGGCCGUGGCCAGCUACAACAUGGGCAGCAACAGCCUCUACUACUUCCGAGACACGCGCAUCCUCAAGGCGCAGAGUCAGCUGGUGGCGGGCAUUAAGUACUACCUGACCGUGGAGAUGGGGAGCACAGCCUGCCGCAAGAGCUCGGUGACCGGAGACCGCAUGGACCUCACCACCUGCCCCCUGGCCGCAGGGGCACAGGAGGAGAAGCUGCGCUGCGACUUUGAGAUCCUAGUGGUCCCCUGGGAGAACUCCUCCAGCCUCCUCAAGCACCACUGCGUGCCCGUGUAGGAGGCCCCUGCGGCCACGGGAGCGGGGCCAUCGGUGGAGGGCGCUUCAGGUCCAUGGGCCAUGUCUGCUGCAAUAAAUCGCUAACACUGCUUCUUGCA